AUGCGGUCGCCGGCUGCUCGCACGGCUCCCUAUCGCCAACGACUGCGAAACUACUCCACCGAACCUCCCCAACUGCGGUACGAACAGCCAGCACCGCAACCUCCAGCGCGCCCCAACCUCCACCGUGAAUUCUACCGCGGAGGUGCAGGACGCGCCGUCAUGUUCAAUUUCCUGGUGGCCAUGGCGACGUUCCAGGUCAUCUAUUGGGGAUGGCUGAAAUUGGAGAGUCUGGAGGUGAAGCGGGAGAAGGAGAGUGAGAUCAAGAGUUUGGAGGGCGAGUUGAAGGCCUUGAGUGAGAAGGCUGAGAAGAAGGUGGAGGACUUGACAGGGACUGUUGGUGGAGUGGAAGGUAAAGAGGCGAAGAAGAAGGGAUGGUUUGGAUGGUAG